AUGGCCGGCAAUGAAGAAGCAGGUCCUUCCAAACCCAAACGUGCCGCGAAGCGCAAGACCAACGACGCGGCUGAGACUCAAGCUCCCGCAAAGAAGGCUCGCAAAGCGACACCCAGUCGCACCAAGAACAAAAAGAAUUCUGUGAAUACGGAUGAGUGGCCGGAAUAUUUCCAGAAGCUCUUCAAGAUCUUCAAGGCAUUGAAUACAGUACUUGGCUUUUGCUCAGGUCGACAGAAUAUCGCGACUACAUUCGAUACCAUACGUGCCUCUGUCGAGGGUCUCUUGAGAGAACCGCUUGACCUGGCUAAAGUAGCAGAGAUCAAAGCAUUACUUCCUGAGCUAGUGAUAUUUGCAUACCGCCCUGCAGACGAAAUGCGCAUCAACUCUCAACCCGCCAAACGAGACAAGUCGCCUGACUUUGGCAAGUUUCUUGACACGGCGGCAUCUCGGACAGAUACACUUGACGUCGGCAAAGAAGAGCAUGUCCUGAUUCUUGAGCUCCUCGGAGGUUCUAAGAACAAGGACGCAGAACGGCCAAUUAUAUUCACAGCUCCGCAAGCUUUGAAUGCCAGAGCGGUCACGAAGUUGAUUGAAAGUCGCAACGAGGCAUUCGUCACCGCCGUCGAGCAACUUCUCAAGUCGACUGCUGAUGAUGAAGAGGCCAUUGCGGUCAUCCAGACGUCAGGUCGUGACUGCGUUCCUGUCAACCCUCUUUCGCGCAGUGCUGUCGAAUCAUUCGCGGACACACACGGGAAAGAGCCCUCUGAGAUCCCAUCAUCCUCAGAGCGGCCAGCGAUUGAGGAAGUGCUGCAGGAAAUAGAGGAAGAGCUGUGGUAUAACGGUCAGAUCCAGUAUAAGCGGGUGUUCGACGAACGCCAAGCACGACUAGGCACAUUGGAUACUCCAUUGUCUGAUUCGAUACGGCAUGCCUUGCAAAGCUCACGGGGCGUCACGGACCUGUAUCUCCACCAAGCUGCCGCUGUCAACGCCUUGGCCAAUGGCAAAGACGUGAUCGUGUCGACCAGUACGGCGUCGGGGAAGUCGAUCAUAUACCAGGUCCCUAUCAUACAGUUUCUGGAGGAGAACCAAGAUGCUACGGCAUUGAUUAUAUACCCCACAAAGGCACUGGCACAAGACCAGAAGCAGGCGUUCGAGAACUUACUGUAUGCUUGCGACGGGCUAGAAAACGUGCAGGUGGCUACUUACGAUGGUGAUACACCCCACACCGAACGCCAGAGGAUACGAGAUCAGGCCUCCAUCAUCAUGACGAACUUCGACACCAUCCAUGCCGCCAUGCUCCCGCACGAGGACCUCUUGCGCCGGUUUCUGAAGAACCUCAAACUUGUGGCUGUUGACGAGCUUCACUACUACCAUAAUGUCUUUGGCAGCCACGCCGCAAUGGUCAUGCGCAGACUGCGGCGCAUAUGCGCGGCCGUAGGCAAUCGACGGAUCCGUUUUGUGUCAUGUAGCGCUACAAUCGAGCAACCGGGUGUACACAUGCGCACGAUUUUCGGCCUCGACACUGUCGAAGAGGUCACAGAAGACGGUGCACCUGCGGGCAAGAAGGACUUCGUGAUAUGGGAACCUCCUCGUCUACUUGAAGGCGCAAGCCAGCAACAUGCCAGCCCGCUGGUUGAAGCGACGGGUCUCAUGAGGUAUCUUAUGAAGCGCGGCGUGAGGGUCAUCCUCUUCUGCAAGAUUCGCAAGUCGUGUGAGCAGGCGAUGAAGAUGAUUCGACAAGAUCUUACAUCUGAAGGCCGACUCGAUAUACUGGACAGAGUGCAAGCGUAUCGAGGAGGCUACUCAAGGGAGGACCGGCGGAUGAUAGAGCAUGAGGCCUUCUCCGGAAGGCUACUCGGUAUCAUCGCAACCAACGCUCUGGAGCUGGGCGUCGACAUCGGCGUACUCGAUGCUGUCCUUAUGCUUGGUUUUCCGGUGACCGUAGCUAGUCUGCGCCAACAAAUCGGCCGAGCGGGCCGACGAGGGCGCGACGCGCUCGGAGUCCUGAUCGCCAGUCAAGCGCCCGUCGAUCAGCACUUCCUCGCCAACCCUGACGAGCUAUGGGACAAGCCCAUGAAGGAGCUUGCCGUUGAGCUCGAUAACGCAGCCAUCCUUGAAGCGCAUAUGCAAUGCGCGGCGUUCGAGAUGCCAAUGCGAAAGGCGGACGAGAAAUGGUUCGGCCCGCUCACGGCGAGUAUAUGCGCUGAGAAGCUCGUUAUCGACAAGGAUGGGUGGUAUCAUGCCAAUCCUAAGUUCCUGCCGUAUCCUGCGAAGGACGUUUCACUGCGUGGCGUGGAAGAGCAGAAGUAUGCGAUCAUUGACGUGACAAAGCUCAGACAAGGCGGUACAGCGAAGAUCAUUGAAGAGCUCGAGUUCUCGCGCGCGCUGUUUGAGCUGUACGAGGGCGGCAUCUUCCUGCAUCAAGGUAUGCCCUACCUGGUACAGGAGAUCAGCCAUGACACAAUGCGCGCGAACGUCAUACGCACAAACGUAGGAUGGGUAACCGAGCCCCGCGACUUCACGAACAUCGAUGCUGUCCAGACACAUCGCAUUCGUGAGAUCAGGCACUCCCCUCGCCUCGCUUUCUACGGCAAGGUGGAAGUGAAGACCACUGUCUUCGGAUACUUCAAAGUCAAAGAUGGCCGCAUCCUCGACGCCGUUUUCGUCGACAUGCCGCCCUACGAGCGCACAACGACCGGCCUCUGGAUUGACGUCUCGAAAGAAGCCCUAGAGCUCAUGAAGAUGCUCGGCCUCAGCCUCGCGGCCGCUAUUCACUCCGCCCAGCACGCCGUACUCAACCGCUUCGCACUGUCCGCAGACUUGCGAACGGAAUGUAAGCCUGACGAGAAGGAGCGGAUGAAAACUCCCACGACGCGCACGAGACCUGCGAGGCUUGUGUUCUAUGAGCAGGCCAGUACUGGAGGGAGUAUCGCCGCUCGGGCUUUUGAUCAUGUUAACGAUCUCUUGCGCGAGGCGGAAGAGCGCGUCCGCACUUGCGACUGCUAUGAUGGCUGCCCAGAAUGCGUUGAUAGUCUCGGAUGCAAAGAACACAACACCGUCCGCUCGCGCGCCGGCGCACUAGUCGUACUACGCGACAUCCUUGCUCUACCCAUAGACCCCGCAACACUCCCAGCUCUCGAGACGGCGACGGGUGACCCCGACGCACACCAGACGAUCGUGGAAGCCCCGAGCGUUGGGCGCGCACAGGAUGUGAAGGUCGAGCAGGCGUCCCCUUCACCGACUGGUUCACCUUGA